AUAUACUCAUUUUUUUCUCUGCUCAACUCUACUGAACUCUCGCUUCAACUCGAACCAGUUGCUGCUGCAAACUCCUGCAAACAGAUUAUGGUCAUUCCAAAAAUGGCAAAUCGUCGACCAACUAAAAGAAUCUUGAAACCGGUAAUAGAGAAGAAACGGAGAGACCGGAUUAACCAGCGUUUAGAUGAGCUGCGAAAGCUUCUCCUGGAUAACACUCUAGACACGCGACUCCAAAACCCUAAACUGGAGAAGGCUGAAAUUCUGGAAUUAACUGUCGAGUACAUCAAGAAAAAACCGAAAGAUGCGAGGGAAAGUCAAGGAGAUUCUAACAAGAACUCAGACCCACAUGAUGCUAACCCUCCUACUCUGCUCACUGGGAGACUCCAUGUACCAUUUGCUUCAUUCCACGAGCCUGUCAAUGCCCAGAAACAGAUACCCUCAAAUCCAAUCUACAAAGCUGGUUUUAAGGAGUGCGUCUCUCGCCUGGCCAGCUUCAUCGAGUGCGUAGAGGCUUCUCAGCGGGACGGCUUCAUUCAGGGGCUGUGCCAGCACCUUGACUCUUACAGCAGUGCUCUUCCCCAGGCCAGGAUUUCUGCUCAGGCUGCCCACCAUCCUUGGAUCCCAAGUGCAGAGUUGACAUGCAGGCUGGACUUGCCUGCAAUGGGACCCACAAGAGCCAACAACGAGUCUUUUUCCUACACCAAUAGUUUGUAUCCCAAUUCUUUUAUGCUCCACCACCCACAUCCCACAGGACAGUCCAUGACACACCCCUACCUCUCUCCACCAUACUCCAAUUCUCCUCCACCCUCUCCUUGUUACUCAAGCAGCACUCCCCCUUUCUCCAGCUCUCCCACAUACCUCUCUGUACCCUGCCACUUCCAUUUCCCUCCCACCGUCUCCCCGCUCUCCACUGACUCUUCAUCGUCAUCAUCCUCUCUCAGCAUCUCACCUCCUGCAGCGGCAGUAGUUCCUGGACCCCAUCUUCAGGCCUCCUUUGGCUCACCCAAACACGUGCGACCCACGGCAUCAGUGCCGCCUGGCCAACCACGGACUCUGAGACGAACUCUGUUCCAGAACCAAACACAUUCUGUCUGGAGGCCCUGGUGAGCAACCCCCCAAAACAGUGACUCAAAACUUAGCAGUAAAAUACAGAGCAUUGUUCUCUCAGUUAUAAUAAUUACUUACAUAUCAGCAACCAAUACAUCAGUGCAUCCCUUCACACAAUGUCAUAGUUCUACAACAGACAUAGUUGUUAUCAAUGUUUUUGGGUGCAUUCUGGAAUCUUUGUACUUGCCACUGCCACAUUCCUUUGUACUGCAUACUAUCUUCCUUUCUGAAUUCUUUAUUGUAUACAAAAUGUGUAAAUAUAUUUAUA